AGAGGUUCCUGUGGCUUCCUUGGAUUUACCGUGACGCGCAGUCUUGUUUAAUGUCUGAGAGCCUUCUGAGACCGUGAACUACCGAGGUGUCCGCUCAAAGCUGUCCGUAAAGAGCCGUCGGUUGAGAGAAGAGACGCAAUGGAUGAAGAGGAGCAGUUUGUGAACAUCGAUCUGAACGACGACAAUAUCUGCAGCGUCUGCAAAUUAGAGACUGAAACGGGGACCUUGUCCUUCUGCCACGUCUGCUUUGAACUCAGCAUCGAGGGCGUAACCUCGACCUCCUUGCUGCACUCGAAGUCGCUGCGUGGCCACAGAGACUGCUUUGAGAAAUGCCACCUCAUUGCCAAUCAGAAGCUGUCCCAUUCCAAGGUCUCCAGAAGUGCCUAUGAGGGCAUGAAGCUGGCCCUCAGCCAGAAGCUGAACCGCAUCAUCCAGUUUGCCCAGAACAAAGACUCGCUCUCCUCCAGCAGCUGCGCCAGACGUGGGGCAAAGCUCCUCUGUUACAGCCAGCAGGGCGAGCGCAAGCUGCUGCCCCAGUCUGACGCCCAGGUGCCCCGCUACGCCCCCUGCUGGGACAGGUCCAUGGCGACGGGGCUGCCGGCGUACGCUGCGGGGAUGCUGGAGAGUCAAACGGCCGAGGAGGUGGAGCUGCUGCGCGAGUCGCAGGCCGGCGGUUGGAGCAGGGACGGACGAAAGGAUCUGCACAGCUGGAAGCAGUCGUCAGGACAGAAGCAGCACAGAAACCAGGGGCACAGCAGAGACGAAUUGACGAAAAUGAGUGUGGAGGAGCUCCAUCAGCUGAACAGCCAACUGCUGAAGCAGAUUGAAAAGGUCUUUGAGGAGCUGACGGCCGCCGUGCAGGAGAAGGACGCCUUGGCGUCAGAGCUGCACGUCCGCCACGUCGCCAUUGAGCAGCUCUUUAAAAACUGCACCAAACUGCCCUGGCUGCACAUCAGCAGGGCCGGCGUGAAGGCCAGCACCAGCGGAGCCGCCGUGGAAUGAAGGGCUGGAAGACGGCAGCAGCCCCAAAGGUGGACUCUCUGAAGAUGACGAUGACAACGAUGAUGAAGUGGACUGCCUCAGCAUGGAGGAAGCAUCUGGAUUCCGCUAGACUUUUACACUAUGCCGGCAUUGGGCCACCGGCUCUGCAUCCGCACAAGUUGUCAAGGGCUCGGUUGUUUUGCGGGCGCAGAAACGAUGCGAGGGUUUUCAGUGCUUGGCUUGUUGUGGCUUGAAUUGCAACCUGCUGAUUACCCAGGAUGCAUGUUGAGAACAGCGGGUUCCAGAUACGCCACAGCAUAGAACUGUAAGGGAACGUCUGCGUUUUAACGUGCCGCAGACUCUUAAGGAAAAAACCUUUUUUGUUUGAAUUGACUUUUAAUAUUUGCUGGUGGUUUUCUUUUACUGUGAGUUUUAUUUCGUAUGCUGUUCGAUAAUCAGUUUCAUUGUGCUCGGCACGUUUUUACCUUCGUUCUCUCGAGCAAAGUAGCUAUGGACAUUCAGUUUUUUAGUAUGUCUUCAAUUCGUUUUCAGUUAAGAUAUGAGAAUCAGUAUUUUGAUCUUUGAAAAAUGAAAAAGCAUUCUAUCCAGUCAAGCUUCCUAGCUGCACAAUAUUUACCCAAAACAGUUAAACAGGGUGACACAGGGUGUCAGAUUGUCCUGAAAAUGCUCUGUUUGGAUAUGAAAACUGAGUGUCUGAAAUCAGCAAACCACUGCUUGUCCAUUCAUAUUUUUUAUAGUUAAGUACUAUCAAAUUAUGGAGAAAAAAUGGUCAUAAAAUAAUCUAAUAGUUAUUUUCUGAAAGCUUUAUUUUUUACCAUACGUCCAUUUAUCGUCACUCUAGUCCUUGCUUGGGUCAGACGAUUAUGGUCAUAGAUCUAAGCGAAAGUAAUUUUAAAAUGACUUGUAGUCCACCUUGAGGAAAUGAGUUAUUAUGAGUAAAAUAUUUUGAAAAAUAUUUAACAUCACAUUUUAAAACUUUACACCUGAGAGUACUCCAAAAAAGCUUCACAUUUCCACCGAUUCAGUGUUUGGGAACGACGUACAAACUAGACUUCUGUCAGUUUGGUUUCUAAUUAUGUUUUUUAAUCAUGACUUUUUACACUCUGUUGCCUAAGGAGACGUGUUACGUGAGGUUCAACUUUAGUCUGUGUCCGUUCUGUUACUUCUGGUGUAAUUAGUUUCCCAUUUCAUACAAAGCAGUGAUGUCUGUCGUGUAGCUAUCAAGCACAAAGCACCAUGGGUGGUUAUACACUUAUUCAAGAAAACAUGGAGCUUCUGAAAAGCAAAACCAGUUGCAAUACCAAAGUCUGUUCUGCAUUUUAUUUAAAAAAAAAAAAAAGUAUAAAAACGUCAUAUGAUGAUGAUGACGCAACACCAAACAGAUUUAAUAACCCAUGUGACUUAUCCUUACUUGUUUUCAUGUGUUCUGAGCAUACUUUAUCGAUUCGUUCUCAAGUUGCUUUCUUUCUCUCCUGUUUGAAUGUGUCAGAGCAAAGUGUCCACAUAGCAAUACAAACAGGGCGGUUUGGUCUUCAGUGCCUAUGGAUGUCCCUGACUUUUAAACAAAGGAAGACGAAGGUACAUGAAUCCUAUGCAAGCUACAGACUAAAAUACAUACGGCCUUAUCCAGAGAGUAUUGGUUUGACUUUUCUUCAGAGGGCGAGGUCGCCGAUUUUAAGAGUUUCUAAGCUUGAUGUGUAGAUCAGCAUUAUGUGUAUUUUGCUCUUUGUAAGAGAUUAGAUGUUUUCGACCCUUUUUUAGGGUCUAAAGAAAUGGUUUUAGCUCAGUUUUAAGCUUGUUUUUUUUUUUUCUUUAAUGGGUUUUAUUUUAGACGGUUAUUUGCCGUCUGCUUGAGUGCGUUUUUGUUUGGUUGUUAUAGCAGAUUUUUUUUUUUUUAUUAGCUUUUUAAAUCUUCGAUUGUACAUUUGUUUUCGAGUUGCUUUCGUGUGCUGUUAGAACAUGUCUGGGCCUUUCUCCCCGCUCGGUGGGAGAACCAGUCCCAUCUUACUGUGGUUCCAUUAUCUCCAACUGAACACGGAGGCAUAUCUGUUACACUUCUACUUUAGUUGUAGCCUGACUGUUCAUUUGCUUACAUUUUUUACAUUUGUUUUUGUUCAUGGCUGACUCUGUCUUUGAUGUAUUUGCAUCCUAUUUAUUGUGUGUGGAAAUAUUUUGUCUUUUGAAUUGUGCUUAAAUAACUUGUUUUUCCAAUAAAAAUAAAAAUACAGGUAUUUUUA